UAACAGUUUUACUUCUCUAACACUAUAUUUUCACUUGGGAAGUAAAGCUUUGCGGAAUGAAUAUAUAAAGAAAUAUUUUUCUUUGAUUUUCUUCAAAACAAAGAAGACCUUAAUUGAACUGAAUAUUACAACAUGGAAUACACCCACUGCAAAGCAAUAAUUGUAUUCCUCGUGCUUCAUAGUAUUCUUACUGUUAAUAGUAAUACUUGCCAUACAAGAGAGGGGGAAUGCUGUAUUAAAUGUAAUCCAGGCUAUAGGCUGUUGGUUAACGGCCGUUGUGGCAAAUGUUCAAAAUGUCCUCAAGGAAGCUACACGGAUCAGCCUAGCAGCAAACCCACUUGUGAUUUAUGCACGAAAUGUGAAGGAAUAUUUCAGUAUAAAGAACAGUGCAGUGGAGACAGGAACGCAGUAUGCAAAUGUAUCAAAGGCAAAAGAUGUGUUGGUGAAAACUGUAAGGCGUGUGCUAAUAUUAUUUGUCCACAAGGCCAAGAGCUAGUAGGAGAAGAAUGCUUGGACUGCCCGCAUGGGACAUUUAAACCUGAAAAAGAGGGCAAAUGUAGACCAUGGAAAAGCUGCUCUGCUGAAGGAUCUCUUGUUUUGUUUAAUGGAAAUACAACUUUUGAUGUGGUUUGUGGAAGUGAGUCGAAAAAUUCUGGCACUACAACAUCCACCAAGGCAACAACUACUCAAUCGCCAACAGUCACCAAUAUAAUAAGAAAAACAGAAGAUAAUAGUUCAAGGCUAGUAAUAGCCUUCAUUGCUGUUCCCAUCGUGGCUUUUGUUUGCAGUUUGCUGUUUUUAAUUCCAUAUAUUGUUAAAGGGAUGAAGAAGAUGAAAAAUGAAUUCCACAAAAUUCCUGUACAAAUUGAAAAAAUAGCAAAGGAGGAAGAUGGCUGCAGCUGUCACUUUCCAGAAGAAGAGGAAGGAGAGGAAGUCAUGAUUCAGCAUCCCUGACACAGAAUCGUUACAGCGUUUUUCUGUUACUCUAUGAAUAAGAAAGUUUGACUUCCAAACUUAGCCUAGGCGAUUAGAUACUAUGUUUCGCAAUGAUAGGAGAUUCCGUGGAAAAUGAUACAGGUCGUAUCAUCAUGACAUGGGAAGUUAGUCAGAAGAUGUAUUUGGGACUUUGCUAUAGUCCAGUGAUAACCAACUUUAUAGCACAUAGGUGCCACAGAUCAAUAAUUUAGAGCCUUUAAUAAAUUUAUGGGUAUUAAACACACAGAUAAUAUAUAUUUCCUAAAAACAUCCUGAGGCACAGAUUCAGAAUAAGGUAAGGUUAUAGGAUAGACGGUAUGUUUUCUUUCCAAAGAGCUUUUGUGAGUUGUGCCCACCUUGUUGAAGCUUUUCCAGAAAUCCCCAAAACGCACAUUUUAGUUCCACUCUCCCAGGGGGUCGACAAAAUGAAUGUAGAAGGCCGCAUGUAGCCACAAACAACAAAAAGUAGAACGGCUCGUGGCAACACUGUAACAUCAGAGUAGCAAUCUUUAUAUCCUGCUAUAAAGAUGUAAAUUUGGGGUUAUCCAAAUUAGAGAAAUCCGUAAUCCAAUUUAAAUGCCCAUUUUAUUAAUAAAAGUAAAACAAUUAUAGUUCAGCUACAUUCACUGACCCGUAUCGUUGCAGGUUUGUCCUACCACACUUACUGAGGUUUGGUAUCAGGCUAGAACUAGUGUUAAUAUUUCAAUAAGUAGAUUUAGUGUCCUAUACCAAGAAACCAUCUCACCAAUACAUACCCAAGUUUUGUUUAUCACCCCUGUAUUCUUGUACCAAAGACAUUAUUAUGCCUUAAUAACAUUCCAUUGAAUGCUCCUCUGAUAAUUACAAGCUCAUGUCUAAACUGACCAGAACAUUGCUAAAUCAGACUGUGCACCCAAAGUGGUAAUAUAUAUAUAAUAUACCAUACA